CGUAUUAUUACCAAAUAUCCAAAGUUACUAUUUCUUCAAAAUGAUGGUAUCUUGGUUCAAGUCGUGAAUUUUUUACCAUAUUUACCCAAUAUUAUAGUUAAACUUGGAGAAAAUGGCACACUAAUGGUACAAACAUUGAAUGAAUCAAAAAGUCAUUUUGAAACAAAACAAGAAGAUAAUAAAAUUGAAUUUGUCAUUCCUAAAAGACAAAGAAAAGGCGGAACUAG